AUGGAUAUGGGAGAUAUGCACAUGCAUGAUGCGGGCUUAGGCAUGGACUACAACUACGCCUUUGCCCGGGACUACUGGUAUAUUAUUGCCGUGGUGGUUGGCGGCUUGACCGCGCUUCGAGGCAUAGAGAUAUAUACAGGUAAACAAAGGUUAAAGGCUUGCAAGGAAACCUCGAUAGAACAUGCCACGAGACCAGGGAAUCAUGUCAGCCAGGCGUGGGCUACCGCAACCGCCAUCACCCGCGAGAUGAGCCAUCCGCAAUUGUACGUAUCGAGAGUCGGUUUUCGAUGGGCUACGCCGCCGCCGUUGGGAAGGAUCAUGGUCCUUCUGUGCUACUGGGCCAUGAUUAUCUACUUCAUGUCCUGGAAUGUUGUCAAGAACGACGCGUAUUUCUGGGAACGCAUCGGCUAUCGAAACGCUUGGGUAUCCAUAAUGCAGCUGCCCUUUAUCUUCCUCCUCUCCAUGAAGUUCAAUAUAGUGGGCUUUUUGAUUGGGAGUAGCCACGAGCGACUGAAUUGGCUUCACCGUUGGGUUGCGCGAACCAUGUUUGUCACCGCGACAGUCCACGGCUGGCAUUUUUGGACCGAAUGGGUACGGGCAGACUUUCUUGAGUAUGAAUUGUCCAUUAUGCCUCUAGUCAGAUACGGACUUGGCGCAUGGGGAGUACUGCUCUUCAAUGUGGUUGUCGGGUUUGUGCCCAUCCGGAGAAUGGUGUACGAAAUUUGGCUGAUACAACACGUGCUAUCAUCUGUCGCCAUGCUGGUGCUCCUCGGUUUUCACAUUCCGGCCGACGCACGGUACUUGCUGUGGAUGUCGGUGUCGUUCCUGGCGUUCGAUAGAGCGGCGAGGGGGGCAUUGACAGCCUGGCAGAAUACCCGAUGGAAGCCAAGCACGUCGGCUUGUGAAGGGAUGAGGCGAUUAGGACAUAGCAUGUCCUCACGAGCCAUAGGCGACUCAAUCACCGUGCUGACCAUCAAGGAUGUUCAUUUCAAGUGGCAUGCGGGACAACACAUUUACCUGUGGAUUCCUCGGCUCGGCUUUUUGGAAUCCCACCCAUACACCAUUGCGUGUGCGCAUCAAAUCAAGGGCUCGUGCUGUUGCAACAGUAUACAGCUCAUUAUCCGGUCACACGGGGGAUUUUCGAAACGCAUCCAUAAUUUUGCUGUCAAGAACCCGGCCAAGACCCUGACUGGAUAUGUAUUGGGGCCAUUUGGAGUAACAACCAGAUGGGAGACAUUUGAGACUCUUGUUCUGAUCGGAGCAUCAACGGGGGCAAGCUUCACAGUGCCCAUCAUGGAGUAUGUUGCCUACUCAGAAAACACGUCAUGCGUGCGGAGAUUGGAGAUGACACUGGUGGCAAGAACGGCGGAGGAGAUGGAAUACUACGUGGAAAGGGCUAGAGAUGCUGCCAGGAGCGCGCAGGAGAAGGGCAUUAUGGUACGAUUGCACAUUGCCAUCACAGGCGGCUAUUCAGAAACGGAUUCCGGAGUACCGCUUGUUCAGCUUCGACGGGACGUCAAGGACGGCUCAACAGAAGGCUCAAUAAAAGAAAAGGCAGCCGCCUCGUACUCUGGGAAAUCAGUGGAAGACGGUCUACGAUCCAGGAGUAGAAACUCAUGCUCGAGCACGUCUCGCAACAGCACAUCUACUGUGGACAUGGUGCGCGAGUACGCGUCCAGACCAGAUAUUGAGGCUCUACUCCGUGAGCCUGUUGAACAAGCAUGGGGGGAGACGGCAGUGGUGGUAUGCGGAGGAAAGGAAAUCGUGGCGAGGACGCGAAACUGUGUUGGCAAAUUAAGUGAUGAGCGGGCGGUACACAAGGGGACAGGCGCACAGGGUAUCUAUUUGCAUGUGGAAGAGUACGCAUUUUGA